AUGAGACCUACCAAGACAUCGGAGAAAAACAGGGUUAAUACUGCCAACCAGAGAUCGCAGAGCUCCCCAAUAUACAGGUCCGAUGGCCGUGCUUUGGGGCUAGUCUUCUCAGAUCUCACAGUGUCUGGAGUAUUGGCUGGAGCGUCUCGAGCUCCUGAUAUCCUUGCUCUCUUUCAGACUCUGGUUGUCGACUGGCCCGUAGGCCUCGUCCGUCGCAUCAUGGCUCAUCGAGGUCCCGCGACAUCCACCAGAAGGCUUAUCCGAGACACGUGCGGAGUUGUUCCAGCUGGAGAGACUCUCCUCGUCCUGGGACGACCUGGCGCAGGUUGCACAACAUUGCUAAAGACGUUGGCUAACGAGCGCGCCUCGUUCACAGGUGUCGACGGUUGUGUUCAGUACGGCAGUAUCUUGGCCGAGGAGAUGUCGAAACAAUACAAAACCGAGGUUGUGUACAAUAAUGAAGACGACAUACACUUUCCCACCCUGACCGUCAAGAACACUUUGGACUUUGCACUCCGCUUGCGCAGGCCAUCGACGAAUACAGAGACGGACGGCGACUUUGCGGACCGAAUGACGGACGAGAUCCUCGGCGCACUUGGGAUACUGCACACAAAACACACAAUCGUUGGCAAUGCACAUGUGCGAGGCGUGUCUGGCGGAGAGCGGAAGCGUGUUUCUUUGGCCGAAGUGCUCAGUACUGGGCCAGCAGUAGUAGCUUGGGACAAUCCACUGCGUGGGCUAGACAGUUCAUCGGCCCUAGCGUUCUGCCGGCUGAUCAAGGGCCUCUCAAAGGCUACUGGCAUGGUCAAUAUCGUUGCCGCUUACCAACUUUCCGAGACCAUCUACCGCGAAUGUUUUGACCGCGUAUUGGUGCUGCAUGAGGGCCGAAUGAUCUACUCGGGUCGCGCCGGUGAUUCUGCCAAGCGGUAUUUUGAGGACUAUUUGGGCUUCGAAUGCCAUCCAAGACAGACGACUCCAGAUUACCUCACGGCCGUAACUUCACCCGACGAACGCCGAGUCAAGCCGGAUCACCUUCCCCCUCCGCCAUUGAGCCCGUCUGGGCUCGCCGAGGCUUUUCAGAGGAGCGCCCACUGCGAAAGUCUUCGCGAAGAAAUAACACAGUUUCGUGCGGAAGCGUCACAAUCUGCUUCCACGGAAGCUUUCCGCAAGUCGGUAGCAGACACAAAGCACAAGUUCACUUUGAAGCAGUCCAAUGAGCCGCGUUCCAUACUGACCCAGCUAGGUGUCACCGUACGCCGGCACUACCAACUUCUCUGGGGCGAUAAAAAAACGCAGGCCUUGGUCAUGUUCCUGGCACUGGCCAAUGCCCUCAUCGUCGGGUCGGCCUUCUACAAGCCCUCGAAAACAUCUACGGGCGCGUUCAUGCUGAGCGGAGCCGUGUUCUUCACCUUCAUUUACUUUGCGCUCAAUGCGUUGGCCGAGACGUCAGCCACGCUCCACGGGCGGACAAUCAACCGCAAGCAGCACUCCCAGCUGGGCAUGCUCCAUCCCGGCAUCGCGGCUGUCGGGCAAAUUAUCGCAGACUUGCCUGUGGUUUUUGUUCAAACCAUCAUGUUUUCGGUGCCGUACUACUUCCUUCUUGGUCUGCCGAAUACCGCGUCCAACUUUUGGUUUUUCGAGCUCAUAGUCUUUGCUUUCUACGCGACCGUCCUCAGCCUGUUCCGCAUGUUGGGCGCGUGGGCACCGAACGUGCCGGUUGCCCUGCUCAUGGGAGGCGUUGCGAUGCCUGUGGUCCUCGCGUAUAGCGGCUACGCGCCUCCUUUCCCAACGCAAUUACGCUGGGGCUCUUGGCUCCGCCGAGUCAGUCCGUCGCCGUACGCAUUGGAGGCGGCCAUGGGGUUCGAGUUUAAGGACAUACUGCUGUCCUGCUCAGCCGCCGAGCUGGUGCCGAGCGGAGUGGGAUACGAGAAUGUUUCGGUAGCGAAUCAGGGUUGUCCCAUAUCGGGAAGUACCGUGGGCGAAGCAACUGUAACAGGAUCAACCUAUCUCUGGGCACACUUCAACUACCUCCCUUCCAACGCGUGGCAAAACUUCGGAAUCAUUCUGGUCUUUCUGUUUCUGUACCUGGUGCUCGUGGCCGUUGGCUUGACUGUCAUGUCCAAGGAGCGGAAGGGCAGCGGUGGCGGCCACAUCUUCAAGCGCACUGCAGUUAUCUCUGCCGACAUCGGCAACGAAGAAGCCCUAGGCGACGGCGCAGAUGUUGAGACGCAGAGCGUGAAAUCGUCGUCGCGCCAAAGUAGUAGCCAACAAACGCAGUGUGAUCCCAACUCCUCGUCCACAUCAGUCGAGCAGCAAGUGCAAGUGCGAGAGAAGCAAACACAGGCUUCAGCAUUUACCUUCUCCGACAUCAGCUACCACGUUAGCGUCAACUCCGAGUCUCGCCAGCUCUUGUCGUCAAUUAGCGGGUACGUUAGGCCCGGCCAGCUCACGGCAUUGAUGGGUGUCUCUGGGGCAGGCAAAACAACGCUUCUAGACGUCCUCUCCCAGCGCAAGACGGACGGCGUCGUGACUGGAGACGUCAUAUACGGAGGCAGGCGGGUGGCUGAUCUUGGACCCGCGUUUGUUAAAGCCUGUGGCUUCUGUAUGCAGCAGGACGUGCACGACCCCGGUACAACUGUGCGUGAAGCCUUGUUGUUUUCGGCAUUUAUGCGUCGCCCCACGAAAGUUUCUCGCGAGGAAAAGGAGUCGCACGUUGGUUCAGUCAUGUCCCUGCUGGGCCUUGAGUCGAUAGCGGAUGCUUUGAUCGGUACGCCCGGACAAGGCGGGUUGACCGUAGAAGAGCGCAAGCGGGUCACAAUCGGCGUCGAGCUAGCUGCCGAUCCAGAGGCAAUGAUAUAUCUGGACGAACCAACUUCUGGACUUGACAGCCAAGCUGCCUACUCGCUCGUUCUCUUUCUUCAGCGAAUUGCCGCGUCUGGUGUCCCCAUAAUCUGCACAAUUCAUCAGCCGUCGGCCGUCAUCUUCGACAUGUUUGACCACGUGCUCUUGCUCGCGAGUGGCGGCCGGACUGUCUACUUUGGCGAAACUGGGGAGAACUCUAGCAUUGUUGUCGACUACUUCGCGCGCAAUGGUAUCACUAUGGAUAGCCAUGCUAAUGCAGCUGAAUUCAUCUUGGAUACCGUAACCACGUCCUCGGGUGCUGAUACCUGGUCGAGAAUCUGGUCAGCAUCAGCAGAGAAUCAUCGACUCAAAGACACAAUUUCUUAUAUCAACUCUUCCGCUGAGAAAGAUGUUGUAAAUACUUCCACGGGCAACGGUCCUCUGCCUGGUUUCGCUCAACAAUUCCUCAUUCUCACUCAUCGCCACUGGCUAUCCAUGUGGCGUGACGGAUUUUAUAGCUGCGGUCGCCUGGUCAAGGUCAUUUUUAUGGGAUUAUUCUUUGGCUUCACCUUCUUCAAAGCGAACAACACCGAGCAGGGCAUCCAGAACCGCAUGCUAUCUCUGUUGUUGAUCCAGUGGAUUGUCCCAGCCUCUUCAGCUGACUUGCAGGAUAUUUGGUUCGCCAAGUGGACUCUCUAUGCCAGCCGGGAGCGCUCCGGCGUGGGUUACCAUCCACUUGCGCUGUGUGCUGCCCUUGUUGCCGUCGAGGUCCCUCUUGCGAUCGUCAUUUAUACGGUGGCCUACUUGUGCUUCUGGUUCGGGGUCGGGCUGCCAGCGGCUGGGUUCGGCUAUCUCCUGUUCUUAGCGCUUGGCAUUUUUGGUAUAGGAUUCUCUUUCGCCGUGGCCUCUCUGAGCCCGAACACCACCAUUGCAGGAUAUGCGAAUAGUCUGCUAUGGUGCAUCAUGGCCACCUUCGGGGGAGUGGCUCUCCCGCACGCCUCCAUGGGUGAUUUCUAUGGUCCCUGGAUGUUCUGGGCGAACCCGCUGAGAUACUGGCUAGGUCCUCUGAUCUCUGUGGCUCUGCAUGACCAGCCGGUUCAGUGCGCAACUGGAGAAAUGACCAUCAUCAACCCUCCGACAGGCCAGACAUGCGCGGCAUACCUUAGCAAUUUCGUCGCCACAGCCGGUGGAUACGUGGCAAAUCCCAAUGCAGUCAGUGAAUGCGGUUAUUGUCCAUAUAACGUGGGCGACGAGUAUUUGGCCACUUUUGACUUUUACUAUGACGAGCGAUGGCGGGACUGGGGCGUCUUUACUGCUUUCUGUAUAUCUACACUGGCAAUUGCGUUUGCCGCUAGUUUGGUUAGAUUCGGGAAACAGAAAAAGGAUUGA